AAAAAAUUCAAAUGAAUGGCCGAUAAAUUGUGAUUAUUCAAAUAUUUCAUUAAAAAGUGGCAUAUAAUUAUGUAAUGUAUUGCUUUUAAUAUCCAUUCUCUCUCUCUCUCUCUAAUAAAUAGUUAAUUUUAUUAAUUUAUUCAUAGGAUUGUGAGAACUCAAUCCGAUUGCGGCUAAAAGAAGUUGCAAAUAACAAAUUAUAUAAUAUUGGAAAACAAUUUAAUGAAAUGGCAAUAACUGUAUGGGAAAGGGAUCCUAUUAUUAUGGAACUGUUAACAGCAAUCAUACUUCUCAACCCAAACACAUCAAACCUAAAGCAUACUCGAACAACAACUACUCGAACAACAACUAUAUCUACUAUUGAAAUACCCGUCGGAAUCACAGACAAGACUACAGAAUCUAAUUCCGACACAAAAGUCUUGAGCGAUAUCUUUGUGAACACAAAUUGUGAACCAUUUCUUCGCGUCUAUUGA